AUGCGCGAGCGUGGCAUGCCUCACCAUCUGGCUCUCGAGGCAUCCGCAUUUCAAGCCACAGAGCGCGGGACAAUCCUCGCCAUUCCCAAGCACACUAAUCUGUGCCAUACCGAGCUGCUUGAAGACCUCUUCCUGGAGGCUCAGCACACCUUUGGGCCUCCUACACCAGCAGCUUCAACCAGGCACCAUUACUCCUCUCAUGCGGCUGGGCAUCAGUCUGUAGCAGCAGUGACAGCAACAGCGAAUGGUCUUCCCAACGAGUCAGAAGAGUACAUGCUGAACGCCUUUGAUCUGAGCAAGAAGGUGCCUGAGCACGAGCACGAAUGGCGCCGCAUUCGAGGUCUCGUCAAGGGACUUGUACAUGGCGUCCUGAAGCACUGCAGUAUGGAUCUUGUUGCCAAAUCCAUACGCUGGCACAUUCUGCUUGGUGUUCGUCGCCAAGGCGCUGUCCAGCUCCUUUGCGAGACGAUGGAGACAGAUGUGGCGCCUGCCUCGCCUCCGAUUGCCGCAGACGAUGCUAAUGGCAACGAGCAUGAGCUGAUGCUCAACCUACUCGCGGCGGAAAUGGGAAAGCUCACUUAG